CCCUACAGUACGUCCCUGGAGUACGUUCCUACAGUACGUCCUUGGUUCUGCAUAGGAUGGAAGGGACUAAGGAGACUCCCGUGAACGAGGGAGUUGUGGGGUCAAAGUUCACCCUGGUGGACUAUGCUGCGUUCGCUACUUUGCUGGUGAUAUCGGUGGGCAUCGGUGUGUACAGCUCCAUCAAGAACCGUGGAGUGGUGACCACUCAGGAGUACCUCCUGGGGAGUCGUACUAUGCCAGUCGUCCCCGUGGCUCUAUCACUCCUCGGGGGAGCAAUAUCUGCUAUAUCCAUACUUGGUAACGCUACAGAGGUUUAUUUCUAUGGUACACAACUGACAAUGAGCCUGAUUGGCAGUAUCUUCGGCGUCUUGAUAUUCAGAAAUGUGAUACUGCCUGUCCUCUUUCCUCUUCAACUUGUCUCCAUGUUUGAGUACAUAGAGUUGCGGUUCAAGUCAAGAACACUACGGAAGUUGGCAACAGCAAUCCAGUUACUGGCGUCAUUCGUGUACAUGGGUAUAUGUCUGUAUGCACCGUCACUGGCUAUCUCCUCAGUCACCAGCCUCCCCAUCUGGGCCUCCAUCCUCUUAAUGGGACUCAUCUGCUCCUUCUACAUCACUAUAGGCGGAGUGAAAGCGGUGGUGUACGCAGACGUGGUACAAACCUUGCUUAUGUUUGCUGGGGUGUUGGUGGUGUCAGUGAUAUGCUGCCAACAGCUGGGAGGACCUGCCAACGUCUGGUCAAUCGCUGAAAAAGGAGGGAGACUAGAGUUCUUUAAUAUGGACCCAAGUCCCUUCGUGCGUCACACCUUCUGGUCAACACAGGUUUUUGGAGCAUUCUCAGUGCUCGGCUCAGUUGGCUUCAACCAGCCUCAGUUCCAGAGAUUUGUCUCAGUCAGAACUCUGAGCCUCUCGCAGUUACUUUGCAGUUUAUUUACAAUGGGAUUGUUUCUACUGUGGGGGAUCUUCUACUUCUCUGGCCUCGUCGCCUAUGCUGUCUACAACAACUGUGAUCCUUUCACCUCGGGAAGAAUAACAAAACCUGACCAGAUAAUGCCUUAUCUGGUGUCAGAUAAGUUGAAUCAUCUACCAGGCAUGUCAGGGCUCUUCGUAACAGCGGUAUACAGCGGUGUUCUCAGUUCACUGUCAUCACACGGGAACGCCAUAGCUGGUGUCAUCUGGGUGGACUUCCUCAAGGACCGGCCGUACUUUAGUAACGUCACUGAACGUCGUUCCACCAACGUUGUUAAGUUUUUAUGUUGGUUUACACGGAUGCCACACAGACAGAGGUAUUCCGCUAUGAGGUUCAGCGCCAUUAACUGUACCUCACAAAGCUCUCAGAGAUACCAAGCUGCAGUUUCAACAGAAAUUAGCCCCAUCUCUAACAUGUCAGAGCCACCAACGAAGAUGAGGGAUGGGCAAGAACGACCGUUUGAAGCACAUGCAGUUGGUUGCUAUGAGGGCUGCUAUUUGGCUCUCCGUAGAACAUUUUCCACUUCAAGUACUAUUGGACAAAUCCUGUGA